CGAUUCAAAGAUGCAGCCACACUUCAGUGUUGUCGCAGCCCUUGUUUCUGCAAGUGCGUUUCUGUCGCAGGUUAAAUCAAAAUGUCUUUGUUUUAUUUAACUUCAGCAAAUUGCUUCUGAUAAAAUAUAUAUAAAUAUGUGCAAGCUCGCACAUAGCAAGCAUUGCAAAUUACGGUCCGUGUUAAUGCGCCACAAAAACGUACUUAAACAUCCAAUUUAAUAAUUGCAUUGUGCAUAAGCAAAAUAUAUAAUAAUAGACACGCCACACACACACGCACACACACACACAUUUGCGUCUAGAAUACAAACUAGCAGAUAUUGUAAAAGUUCAUUGCCUUAAAAACCUACGCGAAGUGCAAUAGAUGUUUAAUUUUUAUUUAGCAAGAAAUCAAAGUCCCAGCCAAAGCAAGCUGUGCGAAGUCAACGAACAAAAAGUGUGAAAAAACAUCAAUCAGACAAGGCAUUUGCUAUAAAUAAAGCAGCAGCAGCAGCAGCAGUGCCAGCAUCUGUUUCCCAUUUCAAAACAAACAAAUGCUAAAGAAUACCAACAGCAACAACAACAUCAUAACAAGAGAGCACAUAUCGACUAUCGCAAACGCGAAAGACAGCGCCAGGGACUCUGCAAAGGGUCACGGCGGCGGUCAGCAACAUAAAACGUCACAAAAAAAAAAUCAUAAUAAUAACAUAACAACAACACAACGCGUUAGGACUGCUACGGCAUAGAGCAGCAAAGAAACAAAAAACAAAAACAAACAGCACAAAAAUGUCGUGUGAAAACGCAAAAACCUCAUCAGAUAUUGAGCACGUAGACUGGAGCACCGGUGGCUCUGGCCAGCACUACGCAAAUGUCAGAUUCGGCUCUGGCAGCAGCCAGGCAUCACAGAACAGCGGCGACAUUUGCCGCAUCUGCCACUGCGAGAGUGAUCCACAGAAUCCGCUGCUGACGCCCUGCUACUGCUCCGGCAGUCUGAAGUAUGUGCACCAGGCGUGCCUGCAACAGUGGCUGACCGCAUCGGCGACCAACUCCUGCGAGCUGUGCAAGUUCCCCUUCAUCAUGCACACCAAAAUAAAGCCCUUCAAUGAGUGGCGCAGCCUUGACAUCUCCAGCAUUGAGAGGCGCCGGCUAUGCUGCACGGUGCUCUUCCACUGUGCGGCCGCCCUGUGUGUCAUCUGGUCGCUGUGUGUGCUCAUCGAGCGCGCCGCAGAUGAUGUAAAACGUGGAGUGAUUGAUUGGCCCUUCUGGACAAAGCUGGCCGUUGUCACCGUUGGCCUGACGGGCGGCGUUGUCUUCAUGUACAUCCAGUGCAAGGCCUAUCUGCAUCUGUGCCAUCGCUGGAAGGCACUCAACAGAAUCCUGCUCAUACAGAACGCGCCGGAGAAGAUACAUCCGUUGGCGCCGCCAUCGCCAGUGGCUGCCCACCAUCACUUCAGCGAGAGGCACAGCUCGCUGGGCCAUGGUGCGGUCAAUGGCACCGUGGAGAUCAAUGCCUCUGGCGGCGCAAAUCAUGCCGUUCACGACUCGAGCUGCGGCGCCUUGGAGCAUGCGUCGUCGGCGGGUCUGCAUCAGCAUCAACAGCAAAUGCAGCUGCAGCUGCAGCAGCGCCUGCUGAACGCCUCGCCGCAGCACAUGCUGCAGCUGGACGUAGUGCCGCACAGCAGCAGCUGCGCGGGCACCCAGACCGAGGAUUCGCAUGCACAGCGGCAGCAGACGGGCCAGCAGCUGGGUCAGGUGGCUGUGGCGGCCAACAUUGAGUGCUCCCAGUCGCAGCACAACUACGACCGCGACUGGGCACUGGACGAUGUCGUCUCGCAGAUCUCAUCGUUUCGGCCCUGCCCGCAGGGCUCGGGCAGCAUGACACCGUUCCAUGACUCCAUACACAAUGUGCUGGAGCACUCGGAGAGCUCCAGUCGCGGCUCGGCCACAGAUCUGUGCGCCGGCUCGCGGCAAGAUCUCAGUGCCAGCGGCAUUUCCACAGACACCGGCCGUGAGCACGCGAUGCAGCUAAGCAGUUUUAGUGGCAGCGGUGAGCACAAGGCGCCCUCGAUCAGUUCCGGCGUCUCGCAUGCCGUGGCCAAUGGACUGGGCGGCUUUGCUUACAAGCCGCAUCAGUCGAAGCGCUACUCCAAUUCGUCCAUUUUUCUGGAGAACCGUGAUAUACUCAACGACUCGCCCCUGUGCGUGGGCGUGGCAACACCACUUGCCUAUGACUACAGCACGCCACCAAAGAUCGACUAUCGCCACUCCAGCAUACUGGGCACAGAGGAACAAACGGGACUCAGCUGCUGUGCGGUCGCCUCCGACUGUCAACUGGGCAGGGAGGGGGACGUGCGCCGCUACUCGGACACCAAGCUGGACAUGGAGCAGGAGGCCAUGCUAGGCACAAAUGCCGAUGGCGGCGACACCGUGCUGGACAUCGAGCUGCCCACGUCGCCGCUCUCCCCACCAGCUGCAUACGCCAGUCACCACCAGCAUCACCAGCAGCACCAGCAGCAGCUGGUGUUGCGUCGAUCCUUUGACAAAGGCGUGGACGAAACGAAUAAUGGUGCUGGCAUUGGCAGCGCCAGCAAAGCCUCCAAUCGUGCGUCGGCCGAUGCGCAAAUGGAUCGCUCGCGUUUGUUUUUCAAGUCGUUGCCAAAUCUCAGCAGCAGCUGCGAAAGUCUCAUCAAAAAGUGAUUGUGCCCCGCUCACGGAUCCUCAAUACCCUCCACUGUGUCUCUCUAUACAUGUUGAAAGUAUUUGGCGCUGGACCCAGACAGACAGACAGACAGACAGAGCCACAAAUACCAUUUACUUUUUUUUUCAAUACCAUAAUCCUUCCUAUCCUUGGCCCGUUGCCGCUCCUAAUUUAACAUCGUAUCUCGUAAACAUGUUUAACAAAGCCCAUAAACAAUUUUGAGACUGCAAACAUAACAAAACACAAGAAAAUAAUGUACGUUUAGAACAAAACAAAUAUAGUUUCAUUCGAAAAGAAAGAAAAAAAACAACAGUAUCUAUAUCUAAAUAUAGAUUUAUAUAGACAGGCACUGAACAAAUGAGCAAAACUACAUCUUAUAUAUAUAUAUAUAAACCGACUAAAGCUGCAUAAAUUUCCCAUUUUCCCAACUCCUGCCGAACGUAACCCCCUCCCCUUGCCCAACCUUCCACAUCCGCUGCCUAAGCCAAAUCCUUUUAUGUGUAGCUCAUAUAUAUAUAUAUAUAUAUUAUAAUUAAAUGCAAGAAGCAGCAGACGUGAACUUGUGACAUUUUGUAUUUUGUUUCUUAACUUCUAAGUCAAAUGAAAAUUUUAAAAAUUGAUCUGUGAUUAAGCGUCAUUGAAUAUACACAUAAAAACUUAACCUUACAUAACAUAACAUAAAUGAUAAUAACAUUAACAUUAACAGCUGCAAACACAACCGAAGCAAAAAUCAAUGCAAACAACACAAAAAAUAACAAAUCUAAAAUAUGUAAUUUUAAAUGAAUAACAACAACAAAAACAACAACCACAAAACGACUAUUUAAAUGGCAUUUUGAUGAUUAAAAGUGCAAAAGCUCCUGCCUGGAAGCUUCUCCGUGCAGCUACAGCAGCUCUCUAUGUAAAUCCUCAGCUUGCGAAAAAUUGAAGCCGAUUUAGUUAUAGAAUUAGCAUAAUAUAUACAGUGCAUACUUAUGAUCGCGACAAGUUGCCCGGCAUUACAGCAACAGGACAACUACAUUUUUUAUUAUGCAUUCAAAUAUUUAAAUAAAUAUAUGCAAAACAAAUAUAUAAAAAACUAUUCCAAAGAGAAUCACGUCUACUUAACAGGUAACGGGAUUUAUGAGCUGGAACUAUUAAAAGGGAACUAAAUUGAACAAAGUGAACUGCAGAAGUUCCAGAAU